AUGAUCUUGUGGUUAUGCACCAUUGCUUUGGAGGUGCAACUCAGCCAGUACACCCAAAGUUCACUCUUGAAAAGCCGUCUCGAGACUCUCAGUCUGGUAUCCGCACGUAGUUUGGCCCUCGCUGGAGGUAUUGGAGGAGGCGCUCUUGGUAUUCUGGUUCUCUGGCUGUUAGUGCGCAAACCCAAAACAAACUUCACAUCUGAUGGGACCGCCGAAUCCGAUCCCCUCCUACAGGAAGAUCAAACACGAGCUGAUCUUCAGAGGGACCAUACUCCCGACGCACCUCUCUGUUCCGUUUGCGCACAACUGAAUUUCCACCAAAUUCUCCUUGACGACAUCCCACAGGACAAAUCAAUCCCGCUCGGCUCACUCUCAUCCAUCUUGACAAAAAAAGGCCAAUGCGGAUUUUGUCGGCUCAUAUCCUCAGUCGUCCAUCGAACAUGGUUAUUGGACAAGUUUCCUCACCUCGAUCUCUCAAUCAUUGAAUGUGGGCUGUUCUCAUUGGAUUGUGGAUGUCUUCGAGAGCCUACACCCGAACUCAAAAAACUCUGCCACCGCCUCAGCAUUCACGCUCCCCAUCGUCCUAGGGAGAUAUAUCCAGCUAUCAUCGCGGCGCAGUGUGAGCUCGUGCUAGAAAUCCAGCUCUUGGAAGAAGACGCUUUCAAGUUGGGAAGACCGAUCGAUCUUCAUGGUCGUAGAGUGAAUGAUACUGUGGAUGUUGGGUUGGUGAAGAGGUGGCUUGGGCUGUGCGAAGAGGGACAUGGAGAUAUAUGUGAAAGUGUCUGGUGGAUGGGCGACGGGAGGAGCUUGCCGGGAUUUAUGAAAAUGGUGGAUGUGGUGUCGAUGGCCGUGGUUCCUGCUCCUCCUGCGUGUCGUUAUGUUGCCCUCAGCUACAUGUGGGGAGGCAUCGGCGCAGAGUAUUGGACGACGAAGGAUAAUAUAGCAGAGCGCUCUACACCUGGCGGGUUGAACACGGGACACUUCCCCGAAACCAUCACGGAUUCUAUUCAACUCGUUCGACAACUCGGCGAACGUUACCUAUGGAUCGACACUCUAUGCAUCAUUCAAGAUGAUAUGGAGGACAAGAUCUAUCAGAUAAACGCUAUGGAUUUGAUCUAUGGCGGGUCUUAUUUUACGAUAUUCGCUGCUGGCGGCACGUCCGCUCGGGACCCUCUCCCAGGACUUCGUUCACGAACCAGAACACCACAGCAGCACAUCGAGGUCAUUCAAGGACUUCAUCUCGCCGUGCCUUUGCCACCACCCAUCGGGGCGCUCACUCUAUCCGCGUGGAACACGCGUGGUUGGACUUAUCAAGAGCUUAUGCUCUCCCGCCGAAGAAUAUACUUCACGGGGCAACAAGUCUACUUUGAGUGCAGACUAGAUAUCUUCUGCGAAGACGUCGUCGCUGAAAGCAAGCGCCUCGCGUCGUCUAGCCAACCUUUGCGGUAUAAAGGUGCAGGAAACUUCACUUAUCUCCGAAAACCCAUGCAGGGGCUCCUGGAUCAGUACAUCGAGAGUUACAUGUCUGCCAUUGGACUGUAUACACAGCGAAACCUCACUGUGGAUUCGGACAUUGUCGAUGCUAUCACUGCAAUGACGAAUGCCUUGACAAAAGGUUUUGAGCUUGGUGGGGGUGACCCCGCUAGGGCUUUUAACUUUGGAAUGGCGUUGACGGAUCUGGAGUAUGCGCUUGUCUGGCAACACGAUCCAUAUACACCUCGCGCUCGUCGUUUGAUUCCUGGUGAAGGCAAUUCACCUUGGCCUUCUUGGGCGUGGGCCGGGUGGCUUGGCGCUGUUCGCUACCCGGGGGAAGUUCCGUAUGCACGAUUCAAUAGUCAUUCUAACCAACCGAGCGUGACGGAAACAGUUAUCGAUCCUUGGUACAUCGUGGACCAUAGUGGUGAUACAGUUCAACUCGACGUUCGUCGCGUUCACCGGGCCUUUGUACGUUCCAGGCCACAGGCAGUGAACCUGUAUUCUUCUCCGAAAGGGAUCUUGGACGCAUCACAGCUAACGCUGGACAGUCAUCGGCCGCUGGAGCCAGGUACCCUCAUUUUCCGCACGACUUCCAGCCACUUUAGUAUCCUCUUCGACUUGGAUUGGCAGUGUCAUUCUGCCGUUAGACUCUCCCCCGUCAGCCUUCUCCUCGAGUUCAUCGUUCUUUCCGGUACCAAUGCGGCCCCUGGCGUAUACGACGAAGAAAGUCUUGGAAAGUUCUACUAUGGAUGCAUGUUGUAUGUGAUGGCGGUGAGUGAGAAUGAGGGCUUGAUGGAGCGCGUUGGGUUGGGUAUCAUUCACGAGUCUGCUUGGAUUGCUUCGAGUGCGCAGGAGAAGGUGGUGUUUCUUCGAUGAUAGUCACGUUAUCUCGGUUUCGUUGAAAAAAGACAUUUAUUUUGUAUAGCAGAGACCUUCCAAGCGGUCGGUACAAAUGAGAUUAGGGAGAUUGCUACUGUCCGUGCGCAAAC